AUAAAGUUGUUGAUUUCGUUUAAUUAUCCCGAUAAAAUAUGUCAGAAAACGACAAAACGUGUGUGCCGUUAAUUAUUUAUUACAUGAGGGAGAAAUACUACAGACAUGCCAUAAAUACAGCUGUGAAGAAUUUAAAGUUGUACAAUAAUGAUCCAGUGCUCCGGUUCUUCAAAGCUUUUGCAACUCUGAUGGAAGGUAACACACAGGAGGCUUUGAGAGAGUUUAUUCAGCUGAGAGAUCAUCCUUACCUGUCUCUGUGUUCAACAGCAGCUCUCAUUUACGCACACAAGCGCUCUGAAACUAUUGAUCUAGAAGCUGUGAACCAGCUGAACUGGGAGCUGAAGCUGUCUGGAUCCGCAGCCGGUGACAGAGCGUUGUAUUACGCUGCGCUGCUCUACUGGAUCCUGGA